GAUGACGUUUUUUCACAAAAGAAAGUAGAAUAGAAUGUUGUAGGCUAAGGUCGCCAUUUCGCCCUUGUUUCCUUUUUUUCCUUUUUUCCAUAUGACAGGCAAUUUACAUGAAACAACUUAGAAAGCAACAAUUCAGCUUACUUCCCAUUUUUGUAUCUUCUUUUUUCUCGUUUUGAUUGAAGAUUCGCAGUACUUUCCUCUUAAUAUAAGAGACGACUGCAUUAAAACCUUAACUCUCUUUUUGUCUAUACAAACUUGGUUCCGAAUACCCAUUUCUGCAAAUCCAACUUAGUUUUCAAUUAUAUCAUCUUUGCUUUAAUUUUCUUUCAUUGUUCAUAUUUGAACCCAAAUAUGAUGAGAAGCGAAGAAUAUAAACGCAUUCUUCGUUGUUUCGACAAAGAUGGAGAUGGGAAAAUUUCAGCGUGGGAGUUAAGGCAUAGACUAGGACGGAUGGGCGGAGAGUUGAUGUUAAAUGAAGAAGAAGCGUUGGGCUGGAACGGGGAUGGGUUAUUAGAUUUGGAGGACGUAAUAGAGUUGAUGGAAGGAGGAGGAGAAGAAGAAGAAAAGAUGAAGGAUUUGAGAGAAGCAUUUGAGAUGUAUGAUGGAGAAGGAAUUGGGUUCAUUACACCCCAAGGACUGAACAAAAUGCUGACAAAACUUGGGGAGUCAAAGUCGAUUGAUGAAUGUAUGGUGAUGAUCAAGCAUUUUGAUAUCAAUGGCGAUGGAGUUAUCACCUAUGAUGAAUUCAGAGUAAUGAUGCAGUAAUAUAUGGCCAUGGUUGUUCCUUUUUUUUCCUUUGCUUUCCAUCUGUGUCAGGGAUCAUCAUUCAUUAUAUUCUUUUAACUAAUAGAAAUUGUUCCAACAAGUUAAAUAUA